GGCAGCAUGUCACGUGCCCGCACACGUCAUCACUGUAAUGGCAGCUUCCUUCACACACUAACACAAGGAACAGCAGAGUUUUACCAAUAGUUUACAUUUCAGGACUCGCUUCUCCAAGACGCUAUGUCCCCAAAGAUCACGGUGGAGUUGCUCCGGCAGCUCCGGCAGGCCAUGAGGAACGGCAAGUGCAUCGCAGAGCCCAUCCAGGCUUACAUCAUCCCGUCAGGAGAUGCACAUCAGAGUGAAUACAUCGCUCCAUGUGACUGCCGUCGGGAAUUCAUCUGCGGAUUCAACGGCUCUGCAGGGACUGCUAUAGUCACAGAACAGCAUGCAGCUUUGUGGACCGACGGGCGCUACUUCCUGCAGGCCAGCCAACAGAUGGACAAUAACUGGACUCUGAUGAAAAUGGGACUGAAGGAAACACUGUCCCAGGAGGACUGGCUCAUCAGCGUUCUCCCAGAAAACUCCAGAGUGGGAGUUGAUCCUUGGAUCAUUGCAGCUGACCAGUGGAAGAACAUGUCUAAGGCUCUGAGCAGUGCGGGUCACUCUUUAGUUGCGGUGCAGGAAAAUCUCAUUGACGCCAUCUGGGAGGAUCGGCCGACUCGGCCCAGCACCAAACUCAUCGCCCUGGGGCUCAAAUACACUGGCCUAACCUGGCAAGAUAAAAUUACAGCUCUGAGAGGAAAAAUGGCAGAAAGGAAGAUUUCCUGGUUUGUGGUCACGGCUCUAGACGAGAUUGCGUGGCUUUUUAACCUGCGCGGGUCAGAUAUCGAGUACAACCCCGUGUUCUUCGCCUACGCCAUCAUCGGCAUUAGCAGCAUAAGAUUGUUUGUAGACACCAAGCGUUUGUUGGACGCUGAGGUCCGGCAGCACCUGGAACUGGACGGCAAACCGGAUCUGACCGUACAGUGCUUUCCGUACGAGUCCGUGUUCACGGAGCUGCAGGCCGUUUGUGCGACGUUGGCGCCCAAAGAUAAGAUGUGGAUUUGCGACAAAGCCAGCUGCGCUCUUACACAAGUCAUACCUAAGGCCCACAGAGCUGCAAUCCCAUACACACCCUUAUGUCUGGCAAAAGCCGUCAAGAACCCCACAGAGAUCCAAGGCAUGAAAAUGGCACAUAUCAAAGAUGCCGUGGCAUUGUGUCAACUUUUUGCCUGGCUGGAGAAAGAGAUUCCCAAAGGUACGGUCACAGAGAUAUCAGCAGCGGAUAAAGCAGAAGAAUUUCGCAGUCAACAGAAAGACUUUGUUGGGCUGAGUUUUCCAACCAUCUCUAGUGUCGGUCCAAAUGGGGCCAUAAUACAUUACAGGCCUCUCCCAGAAACCAACAGAACUCUUUCUCUUAAUGAAGUGUAUCUUAUUGACUCCGGCGCUCAGUACAAAGAUGGAACUACAGAUGUGACUCGUACGGUGCAUUUUGGGACUCCAUCUGAUUAUGAGAAGGAAUGCUUUACAUACGUGCUAAAGGGACACAUCGCCGUCAGCGCUGCAGUUUUUCCCAAUGGUACAAAAGGUCACCUGUUGGAUUCAUUUGCUCGUGCUGCUCUCUGGGACUCUGGGUUGGACUAUCUUCAUGGUACCGGCCACGGCGUCGGAUGUUUUCUUAACGUGCACGAGGGUCCGUGUGGCAUCAGCUAUAAAACCUUUGCAGACGAACCUCUGGAGGCCGGAAUGAUUGUCAGCGAUGAGCCUGGGUACUACGAAGAUGGCUCGUUUGGCAUUCGGCUGGAAAACGUUGUCCUGGUCGUUCCCGCAAAAACCAGAUAUAACUACAGGAACAGAGGCAGUCUGACCUUUGAACCCCUCACCCUGGUCCCCAUCCAGCUGAAGAUGAUCAACACAGACAUGCUCACACAGAAAGAGCGUGAUUGGGUGAACGACUACCACAGGAAAUGCCUGGAGACGAUUGGAGCAGAGCUGGAGCGGCAAGGCUGGAAGGAGGCUCUGGAUUGGCUGAUCCGGGAAACACGGCCGAUUGUCUAAAAAUGUUGUUGACAGUUGUAACGGUCCCCAGUGAUUUUUUUUUUUUUUUUUUUUUCCCUGUUGUUCUCUUUCAGUCUUCGCUUCUCUCUGCUUUUCUGGUGGAUAUAUUUCACUUUCUGCAUCUUUUGUAAAGCACACUUUCAGCUGUUUUAUUCGCUAAUUAAAAACUGUGUGGAAAAAGA